CUCUGAGGCCAGAGAUGGCCCUCAGAAGCCUUUCAUUCAGAGAUUUCUAAAUAGUAAUCUUUAAGGUGAUGUAAGGAGAAUUUCAAUGUCAUUUCAAGAAGAUAAAUAGCUACUGCUCAAAUUCGUAUACUACAAGUGGAGUUGCUGUUGGAGACAGACAUGGUGGAUGGCAUGACAAGGCAUUCUGAGAUGAAGCUAAACUGGAAAUUAGAUAGAACCUCGAGGCCAGGUUCAGCAACAGUUCGGGUUACAGAUCUUGGUUGGCAAGGUCUCCUGAACCCCAAUCCAUCUGUUAAAGAAGAUGAAGAGCUACUUGUGGAUGAAUAUCUUUCUCCCAACAAGCUGAAAGCAUUGACAGGGCUAGAUGAUCUGCGGCAAGUGAAGGCCCUUGAGAUGCGUGUAAACACCAGAGAGAACAGCCUGGGAAAUUUUGGUUCUUAUCUCCCUAAUCUGAAACAACUAAAACUGAAUGGUAGUGUACUUACAUCUGUGAGGGACCUUGGAACAGCACUGCCUCAUCUUCAAGUCCUAUGGAUGGCUCGCUGUGGGCUUCCAGAUUUAGAUGGGAUCUCUUCCUGCUGCUCUUUGAAGGAACUCUACAUAGCCUACAACAAUAUUGGUGACCUAAGUCAGAUUAGCCUGCUGGAGCACCUCGAGAUUCUAGACCUAGAAGGAAACAACAUUGAAGAUCUUAGUCAGAUUCAAUAUCUGGGGCUCUGUACUAAGCUGACUACUCUUACAAUAGAGGGAAAUCUUAUUUGCUUGAAGCCAAGCCCACAAUCUUCAGAGGACCCAGAUUAUAAUUACAGAGCUGAAGUGAAAAAACUGAUUCCUCAUUUAAAAUGUUUGGAUGAAAUACCAGCAAAUCAAACAGUUAUUCCUUUCCCAUGCAAAAUGAAUAAGGACUGGCUUAUUGUCAAGGAAUCAAUCAAAGAAGGAAGUUUAAUUGAGGAGGCUUCAGGUUCAGAUUCUCAGUUAGGACUCCUAACAAGAAGGCUGGGCUCUGCUCUACGGCCUGCUUCAACUCACUUUUUGCUAGGUUCCAGACCUCAGGCUGUCCAGAGAUCUCCUAGUGCCCAUUUGCUUUCUGGUUGUAGCACUCUCCUGGAAUCUACCAUCUGUGAUGAGAUAUUGCCUGAAGAUGAUUCAAGUGACUUGACCCAUGGUGUCAGCAGAGUUAUAUGUGGGAACCCCAUCAAAGCUCUUCAUGCACGAAGACAAAAAUUAGGUUCUUCAGUAACAAACCUGUUCCAGCCACUGUGUCAUCUGGCAGAGCAUACUUAUGACUUUGAAGAAACUGGCAGUGCAAAUGGGAAAGACAUCUUUGCUGAGCUGAAAGUCUUGCAAGAGCAUCAUUACCAGCAUUUGCAAGCUCUCCAAAGGGAGAAAUCUCCCCAGCUGCUGAAAAUAACACAUAGUGAUGAGGAGGGGGAAGAGGAGGAAGAAGGCUGCAGUCUGAGUGACAGCUGUGAUGAAGAUCUCAAAGAAGCCAUUCAGAAGGACAUCACACAAAUUACCUCAUCAGAUGCUUCUUGUUGUCCCCAUCUUUCUCAGGUGUCAUCAGAUUCGUCCCAUAUCCUUGCCAAUGCGUUACCGAGCAUUGUAAAGCGCAGUCUCCAACCCUCUCCUCCAAAAUGUCCUUCACCUGCAUCCAUAGGUGUGACAGCUGGACUUGUGAGAGCUAGACACCUGAAAAUACCCAAUUCAAAAAAAGCAGAUCUUCUAAAGCUACAGUCUCCAUUAGCUGGGAACAGGGAUGCCAUGCAGCAUAUGGUUGAAAGGACUGCUGUUCUGAAUCUUCACCGAAAACCAGAUGCAUCAUCUAAUGCAGCACUCUUCACACAAAGGCAAAGGACUUGUGGCAGCAAACAGAUUAGAAGACCCAUUUCAGGACCAGCAGCUUUUGGAGCAACAAAUAGCAGAGCCACUGUGGAUAGAAGCCUCCAUAAGACAAUCAACAGCCAUCAACCUGUCGCUCACUCAUGCACAAAUAUGCCAGAGAGAUUUGCAAUGCUCAACAUGGGCCACCCUCCGACCGCCAAAGCUGCCCUGCAGAGCUUGCCAAAAAGGCCAGAUAUCUCAAUGAUUGCUCAAAGCAAGGCUCCCCAUAUGUAGGAAAUGC